UGACGUUUAAAAUACGCCAGUAACGAGUGCCAACACUGUGUUUCAUAGAUUAUUUUUUAUAUAUAAGUAUACCUUAAAACAUGCCAAACGAACGAAAUGAAUUAUUAUCGAUUAGAGCAAAAAAAGAACUGUUAUUUUGCUAUGACGUCGCAAAACUUUCAAGCCUUUCUCAACAUAGAGCUGCUUCUAUCUUAAAUAUUUCAGUUGUAACAUUAAGAAAAAUAUUGAAAAAUCGUAAAGAAAUUGAAGAACAACAAAUUGUAAAUACUGUUAAAAAAAAUUGUUUUCGUUUUUACCUAAGAAAAAAACAAGAAAAUGACAAACUAUUAAUUAACAUGGAAAUCGGUAUGGCUCGAUGGUUCGAACAUGCAAGUUCAUUAAAUGUACGGGUGAGUAAAAUGAUUUUACUAGAUAAAGCUAGAAAAUUAGCAACAAUACUUGGAGUUGAAAAUUUUGCUCCUGAUAAUAAGUGGAUACAACAAUGGAAACACAAGUACAAUAUUGCUAAUAAAAAAGUUCAACAAAUUGCUGAUCAAAAUAAAGGUAUCAAUUUUUUAUCAGCAAACAACGGGUUGAUAAAAUCAGUUAAAGACUUUUUUGAAAAUGUUAUGUCCAAUUACGACGCUAAUAACGUAUAUAGUUUAUUUGAGAUCGGUCUCUAUUAUCGUGAUCUGCCAAAUUCAAAUUGUGAAUUCAAAGGACCUCUAGAUAAUAGGGAAUGUCAAAAAUGUAUACACAGACUUAGUAUUAUAUUUGCGUCAAAUAUAACGGGAACCGAUAAAAUGUACCCCAGCAUUAUUGAUAAUAUUCAUAUUCCUCGAUAUUUUCAAGAUGUAAAAAUGUUGUCUAAACAUUUUAAAGCCAGUUAUAAUACUUGGAUGACGAGCUGCUAUGCAUCAAUUCUAAGACGGUGGGAUGAAGAGUUAUUGGGAAGAAAAAUAUUGGUGAUCAUUGAUAAUAUUAUGGUAGAUUUACAAAUAGAACUACAAAACAUAGAAAUCAAAUAUUUGCCAAGUAGCAUAGUAUCUGUCCAUCCUCUUCGACAGAAUAUUAUGCGCAUCGAAAAAACAUAUGAGUAUUAUCUAAAGCAAACAAAAUCUACAAACGUGAACGCAGUUAACACCGAAACAUUAGUAACUUCUUCUAUUGAAAUCUCAGUAUCCGAUUCCAUACAUAUGAUUUUUAAUGUUUGGGAAAAUAUGUCACCAGCACUCAUCCGAAAUUGUUUCCGGAAAAUUGGUUUUAUAAAAACUAAAACUGAAGAAAUUAAUGAAAAUUUGUAUUUAAAUUUCAAACAUUGGAUUUUAAACUACCGACACUAUUUGUGGACAGUUUUCAAUCAAUUACAGAAUGAAAAAAACCAAUUUAUUUUUACUCAAGAUAAUUUGAAAAAAUCAGACGUACAAUUACAUACAAAAAAUAAUGAAGAUUAUUCAGGGCUAUUAUCUAAACCUCCAUUCACUAAUAAGAACGACGUACUAAGCUACUCUCAACAAGAUAAACAUGAUUGACGAAACUAUUCAAAAACAUGGAUACAAUUUUAAU